GUGUUGAAGCAGUAUUUGGAUCUCUGAACAAGCCUGGUAGAGCAAAAACCUUCUUAGAUAGAACGGCUGCGAAGCUUUUCACGAUGAGUUGGUGAUUUAUUCCGACACGUGUCAAGGUAAAAAGAACCAAGAAAGAAAGAGUGGAAUAUUACGACAAAUUAAAACUCACUUUUCGUCUUGUUUUGCGUAAUAAAUGUGGAAACUUUUAAAGUUUAUUACUUAGGUCUCCGUUCUGACAAACAGUUUUGGUCGCGGUGUUAGAAGACGUGCAGUAAUAGUGGGCUGUGUUGAUCCCUGCUGUAAGACCGAGUGUUUCAGCCAUAUGAAACUUUGGCGAAUGUGAUGAUGGCAGGUGACUAAAAUACAACUCAUAAAUCGAUUUCAAAAACCAUUCAAGAUGACUUCUGCUGAAUUGGAAUCAACAUCUAAGGCUGCCAUGCCUGAAACCACUACGCUAAAGAAGGGGUUACUAUGGCAACAAAGAGACAAAUUCUUCAGUCGCUGGAAGGAGCGCUAUUUUGUGCUAACUCUAGAUUACUUAGCUUGCUUCAAAAAAGGUUCGAAAGUGGGAACUUCAGAAAUGGGAAGCUUUCAAUUUAAGGUUAAUCUGGCUGAUGUCGAUGGCCUUCAAUGGGCAGACAAAAAACGAGAUGGAGUAAUAGCCAUCAAAGUAGGGCAGGAAGGACAGUUGUUACUAUGGACACCACAUGGCUUGGAUGAUUGGAUGUUUUCUUUGCGAGAUGCUAUGAGUCGUAGUAAGGGUAGGCGAGAAGUUCUUCGGAAGUCACAGACUUUAGUUCCUCAACUUUCUGAUGUAGGACUAACAAAAAGGCAUCUGUACACUCUGCAACAUACCCUAUCUGAUAGCUACAUGCAGACCUCUUUGAUGUGCCACCACAACACCAGCAAAUACCUUCAGCGUUUCGGUGAUCUGAGGCCUGUUGCAGAGAAACAGUGUACACCUUAUAUGGGUAAACGCUCAGAUGGAAUGUCUGUUUCCACUGACAUUGAGCCACUAGAUGAAAGCAGUAUAGGUAUUCCCUUUGAACCAGAUGUUCACUCUCCCUCUCGCCUGGUUCUCACUCCUCGGCUGGCUCCUCAAUGUUCAGGGGGCUCUUACUCUUCCCUGAUCUCACUAGGAAGAGGAUCUUUGCGGAACCACUUUGAAAGACCUUCUCCACGUUCUCUUCAGGUGUCACCAGCUCUCUCUCAGCGAUCUCUCUAUGCUCAACAUAUACUCUCCAACCCAGAAGUUGCUCCCUCUCUCUCCAAUUCUCAGUUUUCCAAAUCUGGGGUAUCAUCAGCCACAUCUGAAUUUUCUUUCAUUCAUCCAAAUUCUCCUGUAACUAGUCUAACCAGCAAGGGAAUCUCUAGUCAGCCUCAGAAUUAUAGAAAACCAGCACUGAAUACAAAUAAAGAAUAUACACGAUCAGUCUCGUGUUCCUCUAGUGUAACUUCUCAGAUAGAGAGUCCGCAAGUGAUUGGUCCUCCUGGAGACGAUGCUCGUCCUUGUAGCAUUCAUGGCCAACCUUUAUUAACUAUUGAAAAAUCUGUAUUUUCUACUCAGCCCCCUGACUUAAUACCUUUAAAUAUAAAUGGACAACCAACUUUAAAGCAGCCGUACAAGCGUAAGAUUAAAAUAUACAGUCACACUAAGUCAGACUCUCACUAUUUUAAUGCUAAACUUGCAGUUAACAACAGCAGUCCACUGAAGGGUUCUUUAGAAAUAAGAUGACAUCUGUGAUACAGAUAAUUUGCUUUUCUUCUGACAUUGGAUGUAUCCUCAUAAAAAAUGUUACAUUUCAUAUCAUUUCAUAAUUAUAUGAUGACGUCUCCCUAUAAAGUUUGUAGUUAGCUUCGUAAUCUUUUUAGAAUGAUAAUGUGGAUUUUUUUGUCAAAAAUGCAUUUCUGCAUUAAUUGUAUAGUCUUAUUUAUUAUUAUAAUGUUAUUGUUCGUUUAUAGCUCUUUCACUUCAUUUUUAUGCCUUCAUGUGUAGGUUAUCUAUAAAAAGGACAAGCUUACAAAUCAUGUAUAUUGUCUGAAGAAACAUAUCUUAAGUAUAAGCAUAAUCUUCCUGUCUUUAUUCGAAUUUGAAUAAAGUGUGUUUUAAACUUUUUUAUAUUCUAAUUAAAAUAGUUUAAGUGGCCUGGAAGGAAGUUCUAAUCUGUUCAUAUUUAUUUAAAAGGUGUAGUUCAAUUCUUAGAUUUAUUUUGUUAAUUAAAACGUUUAAAGUGAUCCAAGUUCCUCAAAAUUGAUUGGGUUAUGAUAUUCUAACUUCUUAGUUUUAAAGUUAACUGAUUUUACAGAGUCCAUAUUUACUUCAGUGGGUUUUAUUGUGUGAAUUUGUUAUUGUAAAAUUGUCUUAUUUUAACUGUAAUAAAUUUUUCGAGGUUUGAUAACAUAACAGUCAUAAGUUUAACAGACGAGUCUUGUGUCAGCAGAUUUGUUUGAAGAAUAUUGGUGAAAAAACUGAGUUAUAUUUAAAAAGGAACAUUCACAAAAUGGUGUGGAUAAUCAAUGUUAUAAUUACGUAACAGCUAAUAACUGAUUUUAUAGAGUUCGUAAUCUACUUCAGUGUUUUUUAUUGUAUGUACGUGUUGAUACAAAAAUGUCUUGUCUUAGCUGUAAUAAAAACAUUUUUGAGGUUCGAUA